AAAAACAUGACACCAGACGAAAUAAUUUACGCCACACUGUUGGUGAUAUCGUUGCCUUUAGGACAUUUAAUAAAGAAAAUAGAUGAUGCUAGAACAAAGCAGCUAUACUCAAGCAUAAUCGGUGUGACUAUGGUGGCCGUUGUCUGUAAGGAACAUACGCUACACUCGAUUACAACUUCCCUUGUCACCUGUUUGAUCAUAACAAUUUCAAAAAAGUAUUGCCACAUUGCAACAUUUGUCUGGUGCUUUGGCUACCUGGUAUUCUUUCGAACUACACAUUACUGUGGAUUACCCAAAGUUAAUGGACCAAGCAAUGCAGUUCAGCUGUUAUUAACUCUGAAGAUGAUAGGGCUAGCGUUUGAAGUCCAUGAUACAAUAAUACAGAGGAAGACAAUAGAGGGCAAGACUAAGAAUGAAGAGGAGGAGAAGAAGCUACAACUGCAACUAGAAUUCCAGGGAGUUAACCCAAGUUUUAUAGAUAUGAUCUGCUAUAGUUACUGCUUUAUUGGAUUACUCACAGGACCAUACUACAGAUACAGAACGUACCAUGAUAUGCUUCACCAAAAGAACCCGGAGAAGGUCCCUUCCUUUGAACCAUUGAUGAAACGUUUGAAAUUUGCUCCACUCUAUGGACUUUUAUUUCUAGUAACAUCAGCAUAUUUUUCUUUAGAGUACAUGAACACAGAUGAUUUCAUGGAGAAGCCAUUCUGGUAUCGCUUGUUCUAUAUGGUGCCUAUGUUCACAGUGUUCCGCAUGCGUAUGUACACAGCCUGGGUGAUGUCUGAGUGUAUGUGUAUGGCAUCAGGUCUAGGAGCAUACCCCAAGGCCUCAAAACCUAAAUGUGGCCUUGGGCCCUCCGAUCUAGAGGCCUUAAAACAAAUCUCAGAGGAGGGAAAUUGGGACUGUGAAUAUGACUAUGAGACUAUACAUAACAUCAACGAGUACGGCUGUGAACUGGCCCCAACUAUUAGAGAUGGGAUGAGAUCAUGGAACAUGAGUGUGCAAUACUGGCUAGCUACAUUUAUAUACAGAAGAGUACCUAUUAAAGCUGUGAGGACAUCAAUAACAAUGUUAGUGAGUGCUUUCUGGCACGGGAUCCAUCCAGGGUACUAUCUUAGUUUUCUCACCAUACCCCCAAGUCUCAUGGCAGAGGACAUAAUGAAAUCAACAUUCCGUUCAAAAUACACCGAGAGGGGACAGAAAAUAUUUGACUGGUGCUUGUGGUUCUAUAAACAAAGAUCACUAGACUAUAUGUGUAUGGGUUUUCUCUUACUGGGUUUCAAUGAGACAAUCCGAUAUUGGGGCUCAAUUUAUUUUGCUAUGCAUGCCGUCACAGGAAUUUUGAUUAUUGUAGGGAAUGUUUUUGCAUCAACUGCUAAAGUGGAAAAGAAAUCUGACUGAUAUUUGAAGUUAAUUGGCCAGUUUUUGCUUUUUGCAUCUGAAAUAUUUUGUUUUCUACAAUUUUGUGUUCUUUUAAAGUCUGC